AUACUCAUCACUGACAUUUAUCGAAAUAUUACCGAGUAUAUAUUUACACCACAUGCAGAUAGACGUGUGUCGCGCAAGCUUGUGCCUGAUGACCAGGUAUCGAUAUAAUCACAAGGAUUCGAAAAGUGCGACAUUACCAAAUUGCGACCCCUAAACACGACAUCCGACAUUCACACAGCCUUGAAAUGGCGAAGCCGCCAUACAUUCCACCCCAGAUUGGGUGGUUAUACGACCUGGUGCUCUGGACAUUUUCAGUUCUGGUAGACCUCUUCUUCAGAGAGGUACAUCCACGCGGCUCAUGGAAAGUACCGAGAAGAGGACCGUUGAUCAUCGUCGCUGCUCCCCAUGCUAAUCAGUUCGUCGACUCGCUCAUCCUCAUGCGCGUCGUUCGGAGAGAAAUCGGUCGUCGUAUUUCCUGGCUUAUCGCGGAAAAGUCUUUCAAGCGCAAAUUUAUCGGUCUCUUAUCACGAGGAAUAGGAGCAGUUCCCGUAGCCCGGGCGAUGGACAACAUGAAACCGGGAACUGGAACCAUUUAUCUACCAGAUCCAGUCAAUCAACCGACCCUUAUACGCGGAGUAGGAACGAAAUUCGAUGGUCCCGGAUUCGAGCCGGAAGGCACCAUACAUCUUCCCACAAUCAAUGGCAAUUCAUAUAGCGCAACUAUUGCUGAGAUUAAAGGACCCGAGGAGCUGAUUCUGAAGAAGCCAGUCAAGGAGAAGGACGCCCUUUGCCAAUUGACUGGUAGGGCCGAUAUUACAGAUGAUGGGAAGUUCACUGGAGAUGCCUCGACCGUGAAGUCGGACUUUCAAGGUACCAAAUUCAAGGUUGCACCCCACGUAGAUCAGAGUGCAGUGUACAAGGCAGUUUUCGGCAGGUUAAGCCAUGGUGGAUGUAUCGGUAUCUUUCCAGAAGGUGGUAGCCACGAUCGCCCGGAGUUGCUACCAUUGAAAGCUGGUGUCGCAAUCAUGGCUCUUGGUUCUCUGGCUGAGAACCCAGAUUCGGGCUUGAAGAUUGUACCAUGCGGAAUGAACUACUUCCAUGCGCAUAAAUUCCGGUCACGAGCUGUGGUCGAAUUUGGAAAUCCAAUAGAAGUCCCUCGUGACCUAGUUGAGAAAUAUAAGCGAGGUGAGAGGAGGGAAGCCGUUGGUGAACUCCUCGAUACCAUUUAUCAUGCACUCUUGGCUGUAACCGUGAACGGGCCUGAUUAUGAGACCUUAAUGGCUGUUCAAGCUGCUCGGCGUCUAUAUAACACCAAGGGAAAGAAAUUGCCUCUACCAAUGGUUGUAGAGCUGAACCGACGACUGAUCACAGGCUAUGCACACUUCAAGGACGACCCUCGUAUCGUCAAGCUGAAGAAAUCCAUCACAGAAUAUAAUAAACAGCUCCGGUUACUAGGUCUUCGUGAUCAUCAGGUCGAAUAUGCCAGAUUCUCGAUUAUUAGAGUGGUCUCCACAUUGAUCUACAGGUUUAUCAAACUCACCCUCCUUGCUAUUGGCACAUUACCAGGUCUUGUCUUAUUCGCACCUGUUUUUGUUGCAACAAGAUAUAUUUCCAAGAAGAAAUCACAAGAAGCAUUGGCGGCAUCGACAGUCAAGCUACAGGGGCGAGAUGUCAUGGCGACGUGGAAACUGUUGGUAGCGUUAGCCUUUGCGCCGGCGCUGUACGCACUCUACAUUGUGAUCUUUACAUACUGGACCUAUCGCAAUCGCAUACAAGGUUACGUGCCGGAAUGGGUCCCAUUGUGGGCAGUGGUCCUCUUAGGCGUUGUUCUGUUUCCUACCAUCACGUUCGCAGCCCUUCGCAUUGGAGAGAUUGGUAUGGACAUUGUCAAAUCUCUUCGACCGCUCAUACUAUCCCUCAAUCCCUCAUCCGCAAAUACUCUCGUGAAGCUCCGAGAACGUCGAGCCGAGUUGUCUCGUGAAGUGACCGACGUCAUCAACACGCUUGGCCCUGAAGUCUUCCCAGAUUUUGAUUCAGCGCGCAUCGUCGCCGAUCCAUUCAAGGGAUACAAGCAUGGCGACAGCGAUAAGGGUGUGGAAGCUGACCAUGAGCUCCGAUCAAGACCCCAGAUUCAAAAGACCUAUACGACACAAGAGCCGCUUCCUCGCAACGAGUCAUUCCACGACUUGGCCAAUUUUGGAUUUUUCUCCAAUCGGCCUGCGAGCCGUAGUCGCAGUCGCAGUACGGCUGGUGUUCGUCUCAGUUCAAGUGGAUCAGUUCAACCGAUGACCGAGGUGGACGAUCAUGAUCGCCUUGAGGAAGUUAGUAAACGCAUUCGGGGUGCGAUGAGGGAGCGUGGCAAGGAACGUCGGCAACGGAGUGAAGAUCUAGGUUGGGAGUCGGUCAGCGCGGGGUCAAUAACGCCAUCAGAGGAUGGAGAGAAGAAAACGAGGUGAUACAAUUAUACUCGCUGAUGUUGAAGGGAAAAUACUGUUUGUUUGUUCUUUUGUAUGUGAAUAAAGGAUACCUGUAUGUACGCUAGCAAUGUCUUAAU